GGGCUCUACUAUGGAAUCCUCGGAAUCAUCCAUGUAUUCGAUAUCUUCGGAAUCGUUCAUGUUUCCGGAGACGUCUAUGGGUUCGGAAUUGCAGCUAUUGGUUGCCAUUUCUCGAAUGAAAGCUGCCUUAGACGGGGAUGAGGAGAAGAAAUCCAAGUGCAUAUCACUCAUAAUUAAAAUAAUCUCUCUGGUGAGUUCAAUGGAUUUGGAUUCAACAGAACCAGACUCGAAACUCAUAUCACUCAUUAAGCAAACGAUCUCCGUCGCCAAAUCUAUACCGGAUUCAGCAGAACCGGAGUCGCAAUUAGUAUCGUUUGUGGCUCGAUCGAUCCCUCUCAUCGGUUCCACCGAGUCGGAGCCGGAGCUGACGUCACUCGUUGAUCAAAUGUACUCGUGUUUAAAAUCUGUGGGGUUAUUAGAAGAAGCGGCGGCGGAGGAUUCGGAGCUUUCGUCACUCAUUCUUCAGAUCAUCUCUCUCGCCCGGUUAACAUUAUCUCCGUGGUCGGAACCGCACCCGACGGAUUUGCUAUUAAUUACCAUUUCUCAGAUAAAAUAUGUCUUAACUGAUCAGGAUGAGGAUGAGGAGGAAUCAGAGAAGAAAUCCAAGUUCGUAUCACUCAUGAUUCAAGUAAUCUCUCUGGUGAGGUCAAUGGAUUUGGAUUCAGCUGAACCGGACUCGAAGCUCAUAUCACUCAUUAAGCAAACGAUCUCCGUCGCCAAAUCUAUACCGGAUUCAGAACCGGAGUCGCAAUUGGUAUCGCUCGUGGCUCGAUCGAUCCCUCUCAUCGGUUCCGCCGAGUCGGAGACGGAGCUGACGUCACUCGUUGGUCAACUGUACUCGUACUUCCAGUCCGAGGGUUUCAAACCGGAUUCGGAGCUUUCGUCGCUCGUGCUUCAGUUCAUCUCUUUCUCCCGGUUCGAACCCGACCCGCCGGAGUCGCGGCUAUUACCACUCAUUAAGAAACUAAUGUCUUUCACCGUCUAUGACUCGGCGAGUAUACUUUCGAGGAAAAUGAUGUCCAGGCUCGUAUCAACCAUUAUUAAACUUAUCAUUCUGCUCAACUCUACCAAUUUCAAUUUGGAUUCGCUGCACAAGCAAGAGCCGGAGCUGACGCAACUCAUCUCUCAGGCCAUCUCACUCUUCAACUCUAUGGAUUUGGAUUCCCAGCCUGAGCCGCUAAGGUAUUUUAUAUCAUCCCUUUCCCAACUAUAGUAUUCCAUCAACUCUUCCGAUUCUGAUUCAGAUUUGGACCGUGGCGUGGAUUUGGAUGUCAUGCUCCUCCUUGAUGCAACACUGAAUUUGGAGCCGGAGCACGAGCUCAUCUCAC